AUGGAUGGAAUUGAAAAUGUUGAUUCGGUAAAAUGGAUGUGGAAAAUAUGUUAUUUUCUUGGAAUUGAUCCACCAUCAGAAUUGAAUAAACAAAAGAAAUUUAUUUAUUAUUUUGAACACAUUUUACUACUGAUUUGUGCUUUAUAUUUCAUAAUAAGUCUUAUAAUGCAUACAAUUAUUGUAGCAGAUGAAUCUGCAGUUUUUGAAAAUAUGGCAGUAAUAGCAACCUGUUCAACAUGCUCAUCAUUUGCCUUAUAUUAUUUAAAAAUUGAAGAUUCAAAUUCUGAAGCAACAAGUUUAAUUCUUAUGUAUAUUGUUAUACUUCAGCAAAUAUUUUUUACAUCAUUUUUUGCUGAUUUACUAAAAGGUGAAAGUGAAAAACUUACAAAUGCUUUGUUUUCAUGUUCUUGGGUAAAUAAAGAUAAGAGAUUUCGUAAAAGUUUAAUAAUAUUUAUGCAAAGAUCACAGAAAACAUUUGAUAUUAAUGCUGGUUGGAUUCCAGUUACUUUGAAUACAUUUGCAAAAGUUUUGAACUUUUCAUAUUCAUCAUUUUUAUUGUUAAAGGAAGUUGAGAAUUGA